AUGGGUGAUCAUUUACCGGCUUGUGUUAUUGACGUGGGGACUGGAUACACAAAGUUGGGGUUUGCUGGCAAUAAGGAACCCCAGUUUAUCAUUCCGUCAGCCAUAGCGAUAAAGGAAACUGCUAAAGUAGGCGAUCAAAGCACUCGACGUAUGACUAAAGCAGUAGAAGAUUUAGAUUUCUUUAUUGGAGAUGAAGCUUUUGAAGCGACUGGCUAUUCAGUGAAAUAUCCAGUACGCCACGGAUUAGUUGAAGAUUGGGAUCUCAUGGAGAGAUAUAUUGAACAGUGUAUUUUUAAAUACCUUAGAGCUGAACCAGAAGAUCAUCACUUUCUUCUAACGGAGCCGCCUUUAAAUACACCUGAGAAUCGGGAAUAUUUAGCUGAAAUAAUGUUUGAAUCAUUUAAUGUCCCUGGAUUGUAUAUCGCUGUUCAAGCUGUUCUUGCACUCGCUGCUUCAUGGAAAUCUCGUACUUCUGCAAAACGCACAUUUACAGGCAUAGUUGUAGAUAGUGGAGAUGGAGUGACUCACAUUGUCCCAGUGGCAGAAGGUUAUGUGAUUGGCUCAUGUAUUAAACACAUUCCAAUUGCAGGAAGAAAUAUUACAUCAUUUAUCCAAUCUCUACUUCGGGAAAGGGAAGUUGGUAUCCCACCUGAACAAAGCUUGGAGACUGCAAAAGCUAUAAAAGAGAGAUAUAGUUAUAUAUGUCCUGAUAUUGCUAAGGAGUUUGCUAAAUAUGACUCAGAUCCAGCUAAGUGGAUGAAAAAAUACACUGGCAUUAAUGCAAUUACUAAAAAUCCUUUUACUGUUGAUGUUGGGUAUGAAAGAUUUUUAGGUCCUGAAAUUUUUUUCCAUCCAGAAUUUUCAAAUGCUGACUUUACAGUACCACUUAACGAGAUGGUGGAUGAAGUUAUUCAAUCUUGUCCUAUUGAUGUCAGGAGAGGAUUAUAUGGAAACAUUGUGCUGUCUGGUGGGUCAACAAUGUUCCGCGAUUUUGGUAGAAGACUACAAAGAGAUAUAAAGCGUACUGUUGAUGCAAGGCUUAAAUUGUCGACUAUGCUAUCAGAAGGACGUAUCACACCAAAGCCAAUAGAUGUGCAAGUUAUCUCUCAUAACAUGCAGCGUUAUGCUGUGUGGUUUGGCGGCAGCCUGUUGGGCUCUACACCCGAAUUUUACCAAGUUUGUCAUACUAAGCAGGCAUACAUGGAGUAUGGGCCAAGUAUUUGCAGACACAAUCCUGUGUUUGGAACUAUGACAUAA